UAGCCUUAAAAUUCUAGAAAGAAAACUAUCCUUUUCAGAUUCCAAAACGUCAAGUGUUAAAAACAAAAAAUAUUUAGAUUGAUUCUAUUUAUUGGUUCAAUGACAGCGCGUUUGUGAAAAAAUAUAUAAUUUACAGGAUUUUUGUUAGAUUUAUUCUCACAGAAUAUGGAUUUCCAGAUGGGUGACGCUGAACUUCCGCCUGUGGUAGAGGACGAGGUCAUCAGUGAUCUGUCAGUAACAGACAAUUGCACAAUUGACGAUCAGCCCACAAAGCUGCCUCCCAUAGCCGAGGUGUCUUCAGAGCAGAUAAUGGCGGAGGAGAGCAACAGCAACACGAAGCUAGAGGUACCGUCCGCCUCGUCCAGCAAGUCCAAAAACAUGACGGUCAACAGCGAGACGAAGUCCAACAAAGGCAUUCAGGAGUUCGUGAGGGUCCUGCGGCCGCACCUGCCGCGGAAGUCGAAGAGCAGGGCCUACAAGCUGCUGCAGAACAUAGCCAAGGGGAUCGUGGUGGAGAGCUCGUUCCAGCGGAGGAUCAAGAAGAAGAGGUCACGGAAGCUGACGUACCGCAAGCAGACGCGCAACAUCAAGACCAAGUCAAUGAGCAGCAUGCGGCGCACGCUGCGCAGCCUGUACGGCUCGUCCGACUCGUGCCACUCCAACGCGUCCUGUCCGCGCUGCGGGUACACCUGCUGCCGGAUCACCCGCUGCUGACCACUUUACAUGGACUUGAGGGAACUGCGCCUGCUUUUUUAGUGCAUGUUUUAUGUAUGUGUUGUCAUCAAAUUUGUAUUUUUUUUAGUCUUUGUAAUGGUUUAUGAUAAUUUUAUAACAUUAAAUUGUUAUUUAAAAAAAAUCUAAA